ACCCGGGGCCUCGGUGUUCACUGAAGCAGACACAGACUGAAUCCGCCUCAGCUCUCUCUCCAACAGUCUCUCCUCAGCCAGCGUUUUAGUCGGACGCGUUCUAACAGUGACGAUAACCUGCAUAAUGUUUACCUUAGCCAUCUUGGCUGUGGCCGUCGGGUGUGUGGUUUCACAGCGACCACAGCCAGACCCGCAAUCAAUGUCGCCCAUGCCCUGGGGUCUGGAAGGAUGUGACAUACAGGGCCUACAGAGCUGUAUUUCACCUUACAUGACCGCUGCCAUGAUGCGUCGUGGACCAGACAUGAGUCUAACCUCCUCGAUGCAAUUUCCUACUCUGGACACUUCCUGCAAACAGCUAGAGGAGGUGAGGAAGUGUAUUAUGCCUAAAAUGAGUACGUGUGGACCUGAAGCUACAUCGGCUGUGUCGGCUGCCUUUGAAGCUGUGGACUAUUUGUGUGUAGAGGCCAGAAAUGAAACACAGAGGUAUAUGAAUUGUCUGCUGCGUGACAACAACGCCGUCAAGUUCACUGUGUGUAUGAGGGACAUGAUGACGAAUGAGAUGGCAAUACUGGCACAAGUGCGCGACCCACGGGCUGUGCAAGUGCGACUUUGCGGACUGAUCCAGCGCUAUGAAGUCUGUGCCGAGAGGAAAGCGGGCAGUAUAUGCAACGAGGAGGCCCUCAUGACACAUUUCUUCUCCAUCCUCAACAAGGGGCUGUCCUUCUUACAGUGCCCUCAGCUGGGUGUGGACAGCGUGACUACGAAACGCCCACAUCAUCAUAUCCUCCCCACAGAGGGCAGACAGGAGAUGCCGGAGAUGCCCAUCUCAGAGGGUAAUGUGGAGGGUAACCGACCAAACUUCGGUCAUAUCGAGAGAAACUUGCAGUGUAUACAGAGAGCCAUGUCGGGCUGUAUAUCCCCCAGUAUGGCCUUCCUAGCAAGCUCAGGAAGAUUUGAUGUGGAUCAAGUGUGCCAGGUCUUUGAGCGUGCAGAAAAGUGCAUGGUCAGUGCAGAAAGCAUGUGUGGACCAGAUGCCAGGAAGUAUAUGGAGUCAAUGAAGCGAAUCUUUGACCACCUCUGUUUUGAGAAGAAACAAGAGUUCAAAGAGGUGGGUACCUGCCUCAUGAAGGAUACACGCUCCCUGGAUAUUCAAGGGUGCUUGGGACCACUCAGCGGUCUAGUGGCACGAGGGGAUUUUGACAUGGAGAAGACCCACAAGUCUUUUGAAAUGCAGGAAAUAGCUUGCCGAGGCAUGGAGUCCUACACAAACUGUGUCAGCGACGUUGUAGAGAAGCGCUGUGGGUACAAGGCUAGGGACUUGCUAGACUCCGUCAUGCCAGAGAUGUACCAUCUUAUGGAGAAUCAAAUGGGUCUGUCCUGCCCUACUGACCAGAUAGACAUCGCCGAUGUUGACCGACACCAUCAUAGACAUCACCGCCGUCACAUGGCCCUACUGGUUGCUCUGCCAAUCGUCGGUGUUGUUGUUGUGGCUAUCAUUGUAGCUGUUAUUGUGGCUAUUGUGCGCAGGCGCGGCGCAGCACGCCGGCAGCAGUUGGAGAAGUCAGACUUGGUGAAGAAUGACGUCCUUCAGCAGAAUCUACGCUUCGCCAUCACCCAGACUCCUAAGGAGAAGUCCCAGGACGGACUGAGAGUGUAACCACAUCUUCACACCGUUAACUCUACAAAAAAGAUAGACUGUUAAGUGUGUCCUGUCCUUAAUAAUAAUAAUCUCUGAUAUUUACACCUAACAAUCCCUACUUCGUGUAAUUUAACUAUCCUUGAAUAAUUUGUAUUUUGAUACGAAGUGUGUUUUACAUAGGAAUAUUUGUUGUCUUGAUGAGUGUGUGCAGAGGCAGCGAAUCUCGAUUGGUUCCGGUAUUCCAACAGGAACACGAAUAGGAGUUUAUUCCGGCCAACACAGAUACACAGUAUAAAAGACGAUGUAUUUGGAAAGCCAAACAAAGCAUAACGAAGUACAGUUCAAGACAAAGUUUCUCAAACGUUUGGAUUAUAUCGAUCGUCAAACCUAAUGAGUGUUUUAUGAAUUUAUCAUAUACUAUUUAGACGAAAUAUGGGUUACCCUAUGUAUAUUUUAAAUUGGUUGAAAUGUUUUGCAAGUGCUUUAAAAAAGAAAAAAAGGGCAAAACUCACAUGUUCGGCUGAUUGCAGAGGUAUUUGACCAAGGAAGUUUAAAACUCCGCUGAGACUGAUGCACAACUCGUGGGUGCUUUAUAAGAAUGUGAUAUGACUUUCUACAUAUGCUAUAUUAAUGGUACUGACUGUUAUGCAUUGGUAUACCGUAUUUGCAAAUGUUGUGUAUUUUCAGCUUAAGAGAUUUAAUGUCACAGUAACUUUACAGAUAUUGUGCUAGAUGAGAUAUGUUGAUGAGAUAGUCUUGUGAAGUCUGAAGUUUUUCACAUUCCAUGCCUUUAAGAUGGUUAGACUUGCAUAAUAAUGAUUGUCACAUUAAUGCAAAUAAAUAUUCGAAAAAGGUC